AUAAAAAAUGCUUUUAAAAAAAUAACAAAAACCAAAAAACAAAAGGAAACAUCCUCCGCACUACGGCAACAAUGGUUUCAACCCUAGAAAAAGUAGAGACGUUUUCCCUUAAAGAAAAGAGUAUUCUCUCCCAUCUCUGAGAAGAAAUUAUUGGAAACUUUCCUAUCCAGGGAAAUAUACCCUCGAUUUCGUUAACUUGGUUGCAGUGCGUAGGCGGUUGUCGUAGACGUAGCCACCACGUGCUACUUUGUCUGCUUUUAAAAUAAAUUAUUUUUUCUGUGUUUUUUACAAAUUAAAAAAAUAAACGAACGAUACUAUUUUGUAUUCAAUAAAUUUUAUUUCUCUUGCAUUAAUCCAAAAAUAUCGCGACAAUAACUUAGAAUUAAGCUUUUAAUCCCUAAAUACCUACACAUAAAAUAGGUACAAUUGUUUCUGUUAAGUUAAAGGAAGUGAAAAAAAAAAGAAAUGUUUAUAAGAAAAAAAUGUCCCUGAAGGGAUGACAAAAUCGAUUUUAUUUUUAUUGAAUGCUUCAAUAUUUGAAAAGGUGAAAACCUAAGAUAUCCUUAAAAAAGCCUUACAGGUGCAAAAAAGUGUAUUUUAAGAAGUGAAAAAUUGUACAUCCUUUUGAAGUAAAAUAUAUAUUUUUUUUAAAUCAGUUGUGGCUUCUAUUAAAAAAAAGAUUUAAUAUUCAAAACUUCUGCAAAAAGCCUCUGUCCAGGUGGAUGGACAGGCGUAAGUUCACCAGGAAAUUUGGAGCGAGAUAUAUUGAAAAGAUCUUAAGUGGUUAAAUGAUUAUUAUAACUAACAUGAUUCCAAACCAUUUGAUUGAAUGCGGGGAUUCUCAACCUAACCCUUUUCAUCGGUUGAUUCAAAGUCGCCCAAGAUCUGAAAGAGCUUCAAGCUUGGCUUUGCCAAAUAAUUCGCUACUGGAUCUCUAUGACAUAGAACAGGAGCAGUGUAACUCAAUUGCAUUAUUACCGUUCAAUAUUAAUGUGGCUAUACGACGACAUUCUUCACAUUGUUAUCAAAUGUCGGACGAUCACGAUAAAUCGUUUUCCUUAACCUCGAGAGAUUUAGCACAGGAGGAUAGAAAUCAUAAACUCGAUCUUACUCUUAAAAAUGUAACGCACACAACAUUGAACCAUCCAAUCACUGUAAAGGUAAUUGAUCAAAACAACACAUCAUGUAACAUCUAUCCACCACCCAUACCAAAGCGUACAUUUCGGGGUAAACUAUCUUGGAAUACUGAUCGUGAAGAUACAAGCAGUAAACAAAUCGCGCAAAAUAAAAACCAGACAUCAAACGCUAAAAAUAAUCAAAUCAAAAACUUUCAACCAAAUCGCACAAAUAGUUUUUGUCCUUUAAAUUCCUCGUCAAAUUCGACGCACAAUCUGCCCCCCAAUGAAAAUGGCAUUGAAUCAUCUCAAUACCACAUCUAUAAUGCUGCUUCACCAAAUGAACAAUUUUCUGAUGAUGACCGUAUGAGUUUGGAAAAUUCGGUUUUUGAUGAAUCGUUAACAUCACCAUUUAAAUCACUAUUGCCUAUAUGCGACAGUUUUAUCAAACCAUUGGAACUCAACAUUUGCAGCUGUUCUACUACACCCAGCAUCAAAUCAGGUGGAGAACCAACUUCAAUAAAUUAUUUUGAUUGCGAUGCACCCAAUAAUGUAUGCAGACUAAAGUGCAACAUUCCACAAGCAGAUCGAUCAUCUGGUGAAUCAAAUAAAUCACAAGCAACUUCUGACACUGGCUAUAUAUCUAGCACUGGAAGUGAUCGAAAUACAACGGAUUUUCGUAGUCGAUUUUCUUCAGUAGAUACUCAAUCAUCACUAGAUAGUUGCUUAACAGAAAAGACAAAUGAUUCACCACUUUCAAAGGAUUCUUUUAAAAUUGACUCUUCAAAUGAAACUCCUACGCAAAGCUGUAAUGAGUUUGGUGCUAUUAUUACCAGCUACCAAAAGAAAAAUUCAGUAUAUGCAUUGAAAGCAAAUUCAGGCCCUGGAGGAGUCAGACCCGAAGUACCACUUCGUAAGCAAUUUUCAGCAACACCUAAAAUGCUUCCGCCAGUACCUCAAACAAAGAGCAGCAAUCUUACAAAUACUGUUUCUGUUACAACAUCUGCACGUCCAAAACCGCCUACGCCUCCCAGUCGUUCACAUCUUCACAUGAAUGGGGACAUUACUAACAAAAGCUUAAAUAGUAAUAAUUCACCCGAUGAAAGUUCCUUAAAAGUGAUCAGAAAACACAGACCGCCACCAAUUGUUUACCCCAAAUUACAUCAACCACAAGAUUCAUAUUUAUUAAAUGAAAGUUCUUCAAUAAACCCAAAUUCAAGAUACAAUCAGAAGGAUGCUUCUAUACAAGGAAGCUCUCCAAACGCAAAUUCAAAGAAAAAAAAUUUCCAAAAUCAGAGCUCUAAUGACAGUCUUGGAAAGAUAGUAGCUGCAUCACGAUAUAUGAACUUACGCCAGACGAAAGUUGAUUUUAGACAAGAUUCGAGUUUUUCUAGUGACAGCGUUAGUCAAACAUCCAGUCCUGGCUAUAAUUCUAAAAUCAUUGAAGCUCCUCUUUUGCCACCAAUGAGGAGGCUCUGCGAAGUUUCAACAAAACAAUUGUUCAAAAAUGAUACAACACAAGAACUUGAGCAAACAGUUCCUACGUCACCUAUUACCAAAAGCAUCUCAACACCAGCCAGUUUGCAGACUAUAGUUCGUUUUCAAAAUGGCACAUCAAAUAUGUCACUUCAGCAUAGAAUAAUAAAUCGCCGAAAAAGUUCAAAUCCUUAUGUAACAAAUGGUCGAUUACGAUUUAGACUCUUUCAAAUAUUAAUCAAUGCUUUUGCACUUCUAGCCAUAGCAGGUGGACUUGCAGCUUAUUUUAGUGCUUAUCCUACAAUCAAGUUUGUUAAUAAAACAAUAAUUAACACAAUACGAGUUGAAGAAGUUUCACAAUUUGGAAAAAAUCCAGCUCCUGGAACUUGCUUACCGAUCAUAGUCAAAUUUUGUAAAGGCCCAUUGAUUCCAUACAACUACACAGUCUUUCCUAAUUAUAUUGGACAUUUCGGACAGUUGGAAACUCAAGUGGACUUGGAUGCUUAUGAUGCACUCGUCGAUGUACGAUGCUAUGAAUUAGUUUCCUUGUUUUUGUGUACGCUUUUUGUUCCGAAAUGUGGCUCAACUGGAUCGACGGUACCUCCUUGCAGAACCCUUUGCACCGAAACUAUGAGGCGUUGUGGAUUUUUCUUCGAUGUUUUUGGCCUAAACCUUCCAGAAUAUUUAAAUUGCAAUUUAUUCAAAGAUUUUGAUAACUCCGACGAGUGCGUAGGUUUACAUCAAGUUCGUGAUGUUAUGAUAGCAGCCAGAAAUCCAGUUUGCAGUGGCUUUUUAUGCGAUCAGACUAGAUGCAUUCCAAACGAAUACGUGUGCGAUGGACAUUUAGACUGCAUGGAUCAAACAGAUGAGUCAAAAUGUGAUCGAUGUGAUUCUGGGUCGAUUUAUUGUGGCGAAGAUAAAUGCAUGAGCUCGAAAAAAAUUUGUGAUGGAAUCAUAGACUGCCCUUAUGGACAGGAUGAGCGCAAUUGCAUUCGUCUUAGUGAGCGCAAUGGUGAUUUGGGCAAAGGUGUGCUUGAAGUUUUUCGUUUUAGUUCUCACAAAUGGACUCCUGCUUGCGUUAAAAACUGGGACCGAUCCGUUUCACCUACAGCUGUCUGCUCAAUGCUUGGUUACAACUCAGUUAAUGCAACCAGUGUAGUCACUCAAAAGACACAUCGUCCUUUGCUGACGUCAGUGAAUGUGUCCACAGACAUCUGGAAAAUGUACUCCAAAAAAAGAGCAAAUCUAAUGCAAGAGUUUUCAAGUUGUACCCCAGAAGAAGAUUUUCCAAUUGCUGAAUUGACCUGCGCAAAUUUUGAAUGCGGCAAAGUUAGACGUGAUAAAAAGCCUGCUAGACGUAUUAUUGGAGGAGCAGCGGCAAGCCCUGGUGCCUGGCCAUUUUUGGCCGCAAUUUUAGGUGGCCCCGAAAAAAUAUUCUACUGUGCUGGAGUUCUAAUUGCUGAUGAAUGGGUAUUGACUGCUUCCCAUUGCAUUGGAAAUCACACUCUUAUACAUUUAGAUGAUUGGACGAUACAGCUUGGAGUUACCCGAAGAAAUUCUUUUACCUACUCUGGACUGAAUGUUAAAGUUAAAACUGUGAUUCCACAUCCCCUGUAUAAUACACAGAUUGCUCAUGAUAAUGACAUCGCUUUGUUUCAACUUUCUUCAAGGGUAUCGUUUCACGAACAUUUAUUGCCAGUCUGUCUCCCUCCUCCUGAACUCAAGCAAAUAAAACCUGGAGAGUUUUGUACCGUCAUAGGAUGGGGAAAACGAGAAGAUAAAAACCCUAAGGCUACGUAUGAACCAAUUGUCAAUGAAGUUCAGGUCCAAGUGAUCCGCAGACAGCAAUGUGACGAGUGGUUAGACAAUCUCACAGUAUCCGAUGGAAUGAUAUGCGCUGGAUUUGAGGAGGGUGGCAAAGAUGCAUGCCAAGGUGAUUCUGGUGGACCACUUCUUUGUCCUUAUCCAGGUGAGAAAGGCAAAUGGUUUGUGGGUGGAAUAGUUUCAUGGGGAAUAAUGUGUGCUCAUCCCAAACUGCCUGGUGUUUAUUCUAACGUGAUUAAAUAUAUCCCUUGGAUAUUAGAAGAAAUGCAAAAAUAUUCCAAACCAAAUAAACCAGCUGAGGCUAGAGGAAUUAAUAGAAGCUCAAAUAAUGUUUCUGGUUACGGUAAUAGAAGCCCAACAGAUAUAGAUUAUUAUAACAGUUAUGAAAAACCAUAAGAAAAAACAAAAGAUAAUAGUAUAAGUUUUAUAUGGAAAACCUCUCCCUAAGAUAUCGGUUUAUAUUACACUUAAAAUAACUAUAACUUAAAGCUAUUAACAAAACAAUCAAUGUCAAUUUUUCGAAUUUAUUUGAUGAAAAAACGUACAGAUUUAACCAAAUGGUAUAUAUAACGGAGAGAUAUUAAAAUAUUUAUGAUGGGGAAAAAAUAUUUUUUGUUGAUAAAUAAAACCAUAUCCUUUAAUGAUUAAUUAUGAACUAUACAACUAUUAUAAAAAAAAAAAUAAUAUUAAUGUUUGCAUAAAAAAGGUGAAACAAAUAUUUACAUAUAUUUACAAAAAAUGUGAAAUAAUUAAAAUUUUUGACACGGAACAAUAAUCUUGAAACAUACAUAAAAAUAAUUUAAUCAAAUAUUAGCUUUGAAAACCAAGACAAGUAGAAAAUUAAUUAUUUUAAGUGUUCAUUGUUUUGUGAGUACUUAAACUUAGGCUUAUUAGAAUAAAAAACAUUAAAUAUCAGACAAUACUAAAAGCCGACGAAAGUGGCAAAAAUACUAAGACAAUAAAAAUAUAUUAUAAGUAUUAUAUAGAACAAAAUAGAAUGUUCAACUGUUGUGAAGAAAAAAAUUUAUACACUAUAUAAGAAAUAUAUACAGACUACUAUUUUAAUUUAUUAAAACAAAAAGAUAUAAGAAUUGUUUGAGACAAUAAAUCUUUACUUUAUAAAAUGUAAUAUUUUUAUACAAAAAAAUAUUUAAAUAUACAUACAAACUAUCAAAUUAAGAAGAAAGGCCCCAAUAUUAUCAAAUUGAUUAUUUAUUUGGAAGGCAAAACGGUUUCUUAAAAGCCGCUUUUUGAUAACUUCCAUAGAUUUUGAUGGGCCGAACAUAAAAUAUAAACAAAAUUUAUAUCUCGCUUAGAUAUCGAGAUAUUUUUAAGAUGAAUAAGUUACAACUUCCUUAAAAAUUUUGGUGAAUAUCAUGCUAAAAAAUUAACCUGCUAAUAAAUUAAAUGAAAGAUUUAAA